AUGCCUAUCUUCAACGGCGCCAUCGAGUCGCUUCGCCUUCGCAACCUCAGUCCCUCUCCCUCCGCCGACUUCAUGGUCAUGGCCCCAGAUCCGUACAGCGGCGGCAAUGGCUUCCUGGAAGCGUUCAAGAAGCGCCCACCGCAUAGUUCGCAUCCAGAUUUCGCGAACCUCACUCUCCUCGUCUUCGAGGCCGUUAUGGAGGUUGUAUGUGUCAGUCUUCCAGGAUACAUUGUGGCCAGGAUGGGCCAAUUCGACGCAGAUGCGCAGAAGUUCGUCGCGAACCUAAACACACAAUUGUUUACGCCAUGCUUGAUCUUCACGAAGCUCGCCUCGCAGCUCAGCGCCGAGAAGCUGGUUGAGCUGGGCGUUAUUCCGUUCAUCUUCAUCGUCCAAUUGAUCGUAUCCUAUCUCGCAGCCUUGAUCAUAUCCAAGUUAUACGGGUUUAGCAAGAGAGGGCGCAACUUUGUGGUCGCAAUGGCAGUGUUCGGGAAUUCCAACUCCCUUCCGAUUUCGCUCGUCAUCUCGCUUUCGAAGACGCUUUCUGGGCUCCACUGGAGCAGGAUACCGGGCGACAAUGACAACGAGGUAGCCGCUCGCGGUAUCCUCUAUCUGCUCAUCUUCCAGCAGCUCGGCCAGCUGGUGCGUUGGACAUGGGGUUUCAACGUACUUCUGGCACCCGCCGAUGCGUACAAGGACGAAGAUGAUGGAAGAAACAGCAGCAUGGAGAACGGUGAGUACAGUGAUGGCGAGGCAGAGCGCCUCCUGGACGAUUCGCACUCCGACUACGAGUCCGGUAACGUCACCAGUUACGCGACUUCGAUUUCUACUGGGUCGUCGGACUCAGACUCAAUCCUCCAACGAGAGAAUGUCCAGUCGGCUGCCACUUUCGCCACACCGACAAACGGCAACACAGUGGUGAAAGGGCCGAGCAAUAUGAACGGGAUCGGUCACAUUGACACUAGUCUCCAAAAUGGCCCUGUGUUCCCGUAUAAAGCAGACGAUCCGCCUAAAGGCCCGAAGAAAUUCGCUUUCGGUGCUCAACGGGUCUUCCAGCGCUUUUCACAGUCUAUUCGGGACAGCAUUACGCGUGCUUCAAGGUGUGUCUUUUCAGCUUUGCCAUCAUGGCUGCAGAGGACGCUGGCGAAGCUUUCUCAUUACACGGCCAAAUUCCUCGCAGGCUGCUGGGACUUCAUGAACCCCCCACUGUGGGCUAUGCUGGCAGCUAUUGUGGUCGCCUCGAUUCCUCCGGUUCAGCACGCCUUCUUCGACCCGGGCACGUUCCUCAGCAACUCUGUGACUCGCGCUGUUAGCCAGAGUGGCGGCGUUGCAGUGCCACUCAUUCUAGUUGUUCUGGGGGCCAACUUGGCUCGCAACACACUCCCCAAGGAAGAGAAUCAUACGAUCGAAGACACCAAGGUUGAGAAGAAACUCGUCAUUGCAUCGCUUGUGAGCCGUAUGCUCAUCCCGACCAUCAUCAUGGCACCUCUCCUGGCUAUAACAGCCAAGUUUGUACCCGUCAGCAUCUUGGACGAUCCGAUAUUCGUCAUCGUCUGCUUCCUGCUCACGGGUGCACCGAGCGCGUUGCAGCUGGCCCAGAUUUGCCAGAUCAACAACGUUUACAUGGGCGCAAUGUCGAAUCUUCUGUUCCAAAGCUACGUCGUCUGGAUUCUUCCUUCGACGCUCGUUCUCGUAAUGCUGGCGCUUGAGACGGUAGAGUGGGCUGCCGCUUAA